AUGCAGACGACCAAGUCUUCAACCUUCUCAGUAGAAUCGCUUAUAUCCAAGGAGAGCUUCGAGCCAAGAGUGGACGCUCACAGCUGCAUAGCGCUGCCGAGAUGCUCGCUAGGACCCGAAAGGACACGAACCUCGCCCAGUUUUACAAACUCCAUAACCAUUCCUCGGCCUCUGGCGCUGGAAGGCGUUUCUGCGGGCCACACAAGCGCAUUUUCACAAACUUCUCAAUCUCCUCUUUCCAGUGGAAGAACAUUUGCAAUCCCGCCGCGUGCUUCAGAGCAUCAUCAAGGUAUUUUACUAAUUUUCAAUGUCAAGCCAUAUGUAAAUUCGUGUUGAUUCCUAGUCUUUUACAGAUUGAGCGAAAAAAUAAGCCUAAAAAAAGUAACUUUUCUAAAUAUUCAAUCACAGCCCUUAACAUUUUGAAACUUGCUGUUGUCUUCCUCUCAGAAUUUUGAACAACUCUUUAAUUUUUUCCACGGAAAAUUAGUUGUUAACUGGAUUACACUGCGUAAUUUUCUUGUUUGCUUGCGCAACCUCCCAAACGACCUUAAGACAACUUCGAUUCCGAAACAAUUUAAAUGUGGCGGGCCUCUAAAUAUUCUUCUAGAAAAAUAGAGACAUCUUUGUCUACAGAUGUGGGAAGCCGCAUGUUUUUAAACAUAGGUCAUACAGGAACUCGUAAAAGAGCCUUCCUGCCGUAACCCACCGCUUUCGGAAUUGAAAGAAAAAUAUAUCAGAGGAAAGGAAGUGUUUAGGAAAUAUUGUACAAAUAUUUCGUCUUGAAAAAUCGUGAUUCUUUCAAAAGGAACUGAAUAAGACAGCAUUAGAUAAGGAACUCUGCAUCCAACGUAACAACUUUUUUAUGCUAUUUUCUUGCUCACAUUACAUGACUUCGCCCUGAGUGAUUAAAAAGAAUACCAAGGCCAUCUAUGUAAAAUCUUGUCGGUAUUUUAGUAAGUUUCUCAUAUAGCGCGGGAAGCAAAAUUCGUGCAUGAGAACUACAGCUAUAUCGAGUAGUUUCAUUUUUGCGGUUGUCAAUUAUUUUUGAUUUUGGUUUAAGAGUCUACAGUUACGCAGAAUCAAUAGUGAGAUCUACGUUCUUCUUUGAUAAUAAAUUAUCAUUAAUACUUCAGGGUUUUAUAGACGAAACACUAAAUUACAUCUGGUGCCUCCUUAGAUAAAAACUUUUUUAAAAUUAUAAUAGAAAUUUCCAAUUUUGGAAAAGAAAUAGUAAAACAAAAAGGAGAAGCAUUUAGAGACCCACCCAGUUAGAACUUUCCUUUAGUAAGAGUAAAGCGAUGUUUCAUAUACAAGAUAGUAAAUAGGAAAAGCGUUAAAUUUCCUAUUCUUUCAAUGAAAGAGCACUGAAUUUUAGAUAUUAGUAUUAACUGAGAGGAAAUUAUUUGCAGCUUGAUGAAAGGCGGUCAAACCGCGAGUCAAGAGCUUUUACUACACUCUUUUCUUUUAUAAGAUUGUUGUUUUCCCGGCCCAGGCUGAAUAUUCUUAUUUUUCUGCCGAUUUUAAGACCGAACAUAUUCUUGUAUUAUUCUUAAAUUGUAGCCUCUUAGCUGACUCUUCCGUUUUAGAAUGAACGGGGUUUAAUAAUAAAUUACAAUAAAUUUAUAAUUUAUAAUAAAUUGCAGUUAAUGGCAAUCUGACACGUUUUUCUUUUUGGUGGCUGGUUUUGCCGUCAAGAGAAAGGAAUAAUUUCACGGUUAAGUUACAAACAUAUAAUUGUAUUGUAUUAACAGAUUUUCAACACACAAAAUUAUAUCCUUCUCAGCCUUGGGUUUAUUCUUAUCAUAUUCUUACGAUUUUGCAAAUUUCAGCCUCGAUAUUCUUAUAAAAUAUAUUCUUAGAGGAAAAAAAGAGUGUAUGUACCUACCAAACUGCCUUUGAGCCAAACCACUGAAUAACCAACCGAAGACUUGCUCACUAAUUUCACAGUAGAGCUCCUUGUACAGGAAGUAAGCUCAGCUUAUUGCAUUAGAUUUUAUAGACUAUGGUUCGAAAAGCGGAAGUUGAUUGUAAGUGUGAAUCUAUUAACAAGGAACUUGACAGUGUAAAUCAGCUAUGGGUGCGGUUCGGUUUACCCUAAAUCAAUCAAACUACAUUUUGACUUUAAGUCUACUCUAGGUUAGACUUAAGCCUUUUUGCCCAUUAUACACAUGUAUCAAGGUAAUUUUUUUGGUAAUGUUUCGAAUCUUUUCUGAAGACACGGUUUACAUUGUGCUUCAGUAGGAUACAAAUUCACAUGAAUAUAAAUUUACAAUAAAAAUGUCUCGUAUUAAAUAAUAACUAACUUCAAAGUCAAAAAAGCUUUGCUAACGUUUGCAGUCUGUACACUUUUGCGCUCGUUGCAUGCAAAACCUAGCAUCAAGUCACAAUGAUCUCAUUUUGUACUUUAUCUUAACUGUACACUGCACAAAUUUGUUCUGAUUUUACAAAGUAAACUUUAGGUAUAAAGCUAACCAAUCAGUGUUUUCCCUCUGAGGCAUUUUCCCUAUUUUCUUUCAUUCUAGUUUUUUCAACUGUAGGGUUGAAAGUAAACGUUUGAGAGAUCAAAUUUCUUAAUAAACAUUGGUAUAAAUGUCAAGUUAACAUAGUUGAAGGAUGAAAUUAACAAUUUCAGCAGGCUUCACAGUCCUUUUGAGUUAUAGAGUCAGGAGCGUAUGACAUAUAGAGUCCAUUAAACUUCAUUCACAGUAGUUUGUCAAAAGUUUUAGUACCGAAAUUCUUAAGAGAGGCUUUCUAAAACAUUUGUAGAGUGGACUUCUCUAUCUGAUGAUAUACUACAAAUCUUGGCUGUUCAUAGAGAAGACAAGUGAUGACGUCACAAAAACUAAAUUUGUGAAAUUAUGGGAAAGGUUGGCAUAUCCAGAAGGAGAAAAAGGCCUCUGCUAACAGGGAACCAAAAAUCAGCCUGUUGGUGCAAAUUGGAUAUAAGCAUAAGCAACGUUAAGCUCAGAUGACUCCAUAUAAAUCCUUCCAAAUAGGCCGGCUGGAUCGAUCGUAAACGUUUCGAUCCAAGCCAAUUUCAGAAUUAGGAUUUGCAUGGAGUCUUCAGAAAAUAAAGGUACUUACAUCUCCCCGCCAAUUUGCAUAUGAGGCUGAUUUAUGGCAAGGGGGCAUUUUUCAUCUUGUUUUCUGAAUAUGCCAUCCAAUCCCAUAAUUUUCACAUUUCUUUUUUUUUAUUGUAAUCGAUUUAACCUUUACUUUUUCUCCCUAUCUCUUUAGAUUCUCACCGCAAUGAUGACUCAACAAGAACUCGCCGCUACAGAACAGCAUUCACAAGAGAGCAGUUGAGCAGACUAGAGAAAGAAUUUCUCAGAGAAAACUAUGUCUCACGUACGCGCAGAAGUGAGCUGGCGUCAACCCUGAACUUGUCAGAAACAACCAUCAAAAUAUGGUUCCAAAACAGACGUAUGAAGUCAAAGAGACGGCGUAUGGCCCUAGGGCUGAAGCCUGUUCAAGCUUUUUGCCCCACUAGGCAUUUGCCCUCCGAAGGGCACCUCAAUUCGGGCCAUCUUUAUAAUGGCCUUCAUUAUGUACCCUGGUCGCCAUAUUCACCUGUCAGUGGUCCUUUGUGGUCUCAUGGAGUUCACUUUGUGCACUGUGAUCCGCAUUAUCACCCCUUUUCUGUGCCACCAUCCGGGAAUAAUGUGACGUCCAGCUACAGAACGCCAAGCACACAGGGAAACUGCUCUCAUAGCUGGAAAGGCAGUGAUUAG